AAAAUUCAUUACUGUAAAAUGAGCCAAAUAGACGACGAAAUUUACGUGGAAAUCGAUGAUAAAAUCGAUAACAAUAACGAUAUUCAUUAUAAAAUUGAUAUUGAUAACGAUAUUAAUAAACCACAUAACGGUAAACUCGUUACAAAGAUAGAAGUAUCGCCAAAUGAAAAAUAUCUCGUUACUUAUAGUAAAGAUGAUCAUUCAAUUGUCGGUUGGAAUAUUGAAAGUAAAGAUAAGAGUCAACUUAAAUUAGAUAAAACAUUUAAAUUAAGCGAUAUGAUCUUACUCCAAAUGUGUGUUUCCGAUAAUAAGAAACUCGCGUAUAUCAAUGAGAAUAAAUAUUUAGAAAUAUAUGAUAUGAAGAAGAAUCAAAAAAUUAAAUUAGAUUGUGAUCCUCGUUUUUCCCAUUAUUAUUAUUGUACUUUUAACUUAAAUGGUGAAUUCAUUUUAUACGGAAGAUUUGAUAGAAUUAUUUUUAUUUAUUCCACGAGAACUAAAAAUAAUAAAUGGAAUUGUAAAAGAAUGUAUAAGAAACAAAAUAAUUUUAAAUUUAUUAGUAUAUCAAAAUAUAAUAAGCUUUAUUCAUUUUCAAAUAAUUCCAUUUAUGAAUAUAACCUUAUUACUGAAAAAAGUAAAAAAAUAUUUGGUAGUAACGAGAAAAUAACCAAUAAGAAUAUCAGAAUUUCCAGUAAUGAGAAGUUUAUUUGUAUAAGAAUCAUUAAUAAACUUAUUAUUUAUUCAAUCGAAUUAGAAAUUCCUAUUGCUUCUUGGGAUAUCAAUAAUGGUAAUUAUAAAAAGUUAAAUAUUAUUAAACUUUAUUAUUAUUUCAUACUAAGUUAUUAUUUAACAUUAGAUACUCAACUACAUAAUUUUGUGUAUCGUGCUGGUUUAAUUCCUUUAUUACUUCCUUUAUUAAAUGAUAGUACUAUUAUGGAACAUUAUUGGAAUGAAUGUUUGGAUUGGUUAAGAGGCAAAGGCCAAUUAUCAAAUGAAUAUCAGACCGAAAGUUUAUCAGAUAUCAUUCGAACUACAACCAAAUAUGUAUUUGGAAUUCUAGAUGGGCAUAUUUGGAAGAUUAAAUUUGAGGAAAUAUUAUCAAAAAUGAAUUUAACAUUUGAAAAUACCGAUGAAAAUAUUGAAAACUGGUACUUUGAUAAUGAUUUUAAGAUCAGUAAUGAAAUACAUAAAACAUACGAUCACUUAAAUAUUCACUUAAUUAAACCAAGUAUGGGUAUGGAUACUAUAUAUGCAUUAUUUCAAAAAGUAAAACCACAUUCUAAGAAUAAAAAAGAACUAGAAUCAAGUCAAAAUUUAAUCAAGUGGGAAAUUAGUACUAUAGAUACAUAUAAAAUUAGACUCCAAGUUUUUAAAAAAAUAAAUGUUAAUAAUCAAUGGAAUGAAGAGGAUUUAAUUUGUACAAGAGUUGAAAAUGUUAAUGAAUCUUAUUCUAUAAAUUUACUUGGAAUAAAGUUACUUGAUGACAGUGAUAUUAUUAUAUUAACAUCAAUAGGUCUUUUUAUUUAUCAUUUUAAUGAAAAUAACAAAUCUAUUUCUUUAAAUUAUUAUUAUUAUAUGAAUAUUGAUAGAUACUCUAGUAACGUUGCAAAAAAAUUAAAAAAUUAUAAACAAGUAUUUUCAAAAUCUACUUUACCCUUACCAAAUUAUGAUAGUUUUAAAUGUUAUGACGGAUGGAGUUUAUAUGUAAAAGAUAAUAAGGAAAGUCUUUUGAAAUAUGGUGUUGAAUUACUAACAUUUGGAAUUAAAGAACAUAACUUAGAAUUGAUAGAAGAUAUCUAUAAAACGUGUAUAAAAUAUUUCAAUGAAGAUUUAAGAAAUAAUAGAAUGUAUUUAAAAUAUACAAAUAAUAGUGAUGAUUUAAAUAAUCCUUGGAAUAUAGUUCCUACUUAUCAUCAAGUAUUUGAAAAUGGAACUAUAGAUUUAAAUUCAUCUAUUAUUCAACAACCUGAUGAAAAUACAAAUAUGUUUGUAGAUUUUGGUACUUCUUUAUUUGCAAUGUAUUUAUUUUUAACAGGGGAUUCAAAUGCAUUAUCCAAUUGGACAUAUAAAGAUAAACCAUCACUUGUAAUACUAAUUGUUUUAUUUUCAUUAUGUAUUGUUGUAUAUCUUAUGAAUUUAUUUAUUGGAUUACUUAGUAAUGCAAUUGAAAAAGAUAAUAAUAGAAUCUCAUUUUUAAUACAAAAAGCAGAGAUUCUUGCUGAAAUUGAAUUAUUUUACUUAUUACCACAUCAAAGACGUUGGAAAGAAUGGUUUCCUGAAGUAAUUUAUUAUUAUGCUAAUGUUGAUAAAACUCGAGAAAAAAUUAAAGAAAUGAUUAAUGAAGGAGAAUGGAAUACAAAUGAAUUUUCAGAAUUAAAGCAAAAAUUAUUGAAAGAACUUAAUAUUCAAUAUGAUUUUCCUAAUCUUGUCAAUAAAUAA